UAACCAUCGCAACUUCCAAACGACCCCCUUAAUUUAUUUUUAUUGCAACUAAAUCUGUUCAAUUUGAUUACACAAUCAUCAUUUCCAUCCCCAGACCUAAUGGUAGGUAUUAAAACAACAAUUAUAUGUGUCAUACGAACAUUCCACAUUAGCACAGUUGUUAAGUCAUCUUCUUUUAAAUGUGUGUCAUGCUUUUUUUCUCUCUUUCUUUUAUCCCACUAAAAUUAAAAACGCUCUCUCAUCUCUCUAACCCUUCCUCCUUCCUAUAUUUGUAAGGGGCUCUCGUCGGUGACUCCAGCUGUCGGCGGCGGCCCUCCCCUCUUUUGUGCGUUUUUUUUCUUUGUUGUUUCCUUUCAGAAUGUCCAGCCUUUGUUUGGCAUUUUCCUCCUCUUUGUGGUUGUUCCUCCCCCUCUAUGGGUUGAGUUUUUGUUUCCUUCGAUCUGAUUUUUUCAAAUCUGGAGAUGACUCGUGCUUAGAUGCAAAGGAGGUUGGUUUGUUUGCAUCCAUAUUGUCUCUUCUUCCUCAUGCCCUUCAUCUACCUUCUUGCUUCACCUUCCAGAUCUAGGUGUUUCGGAGAUUAGUUGUUGGCUUGGACUCGGUUUGAAGAUCUUGGAGACAGAAGUUCUUUCUCAUGGCUCCAUCAUCAGUCGUCCUUUCGACUUCAAGGCUUUGGGCGCUCAUGGUCGCCGAGGUUCAGAGGGAGUUUGGUCCGACGAGGGUUGGUUUGGAGGAGGCUAUGAUUUUUCUCCACUUUUCUCCGCUCGGGAUGGUGGUUUCAGCUCCCUCCGUCGACACUUGCUCUGGCGGUGGAGGAGAUGCGGCCAGAGGCUCCAUCGGCGAUGGUGGCCAUUGAGAGGCAUAUGUUGCUAGGGUUUGAAUGGAAAUCUUUUGUUUGGGAUCCUUUAUUUGGCCCCCAUUGGGUAUCCAACCAGUUUUGGGGCUUUGGGCUCGAGAUUUUUUUGUUUCCUUGGUUGUUGUAUGUGUUGAUCUUUCCUUUGGGUCUGGCCCAUUUGCAAUCUAAUUGAACCAUAUUAAAAAAAAACCAUCUUCUUCUCUUUUUCUCAUUUCGGGAAAAGGAUAUCUUGUUUUGCUUGUUUGCUCAAGCCUAUGUAUGAAAGAGGGGAUUCGAAGUGUUCGGCCCGCCCUCCCUUUUCCACCUUCAUUUUAUUCUUCCGCCCUUUUUCCACCGGUGGUAGCAAUGACUACGAAGGCACGAGGAGAGGUAGCAGCUCCACCUUCAACCUUCGAAGCUACCAGAGGACACUGGCGCUGGAUUCUCCGAUCUGUUCUUCAACAAAAGGCUAGUGUCAGCGACUUUGACUUGCAGGGGGUAUAAGUAGUCCUUCAAUCUCUUUUAUCCAAAAACACUACCUGUAAUCGUAGAACGCGUAUCUAACAUUUGUCUCUCUCAUAAACCAGUCUAGUGUCAUCUUCUUAUUCAAUCAUGAAAAUGGUGAAAGUGGUCAAGGUUCAUAAGUUGGGCAACCCUGAGGUAAGAUGAAUGGAUCGGGAUGAUGUGCGUUAUAGAGAGUAGUGUAGCACUACGAGGAUUCUUAGUGUACAAGGGAUUUUACAUCUAUUUCUUCUUGGUUGUAUUGAUAUUGUUUACUAUCUAGGUUAUAAAAUGCGUGUGGGACGCUCUCCCCAAAUUUUAGACUAAAAAAUGUUUGCAAAAAUGUGUUCUAGUUUGAAAAAUGAGUGUUCUCAUGUGAACGACAAUCGGGCAUAGUGUUUGAGUUAAGUAGUCAAAUGGCUUUUCUCUUGGUCGGGAGUGCCAUUUAAGGAUGUGCCAUGAGACCCCAUUCUCCUUACACCGCUCCUCCUCGCGCACUUGUAUGAGAGGAGAUAGUGUGCCUCUGCGCAAGUCAAGAGACCUCAGCUCUCGUUCGUACCUCACAUGUAUGGAAACCCGUCGAUCGUUGAGAUGGGAGUGCAGGAUGGGAAUUGAUGCUUGAGAGAGAGGAAUAACGUCAAACGCUUAACCUUUUACAUUAUUCCAUCCUCUCAACCACCACUUUCCCCAAAUGAGGCUUAGACACAAAGUCGAUGUACUUUUUCUCUUAGCUGCGAGGGAGAGACGCCUUGUUUACAAAAAUGCAAAAAAUGGUGCCAUUUUUGGCAAUGCAAAAUUGAGGCUCAAAGUUUGAAUCCUCUAUUGAAAAAAAUAAUAAGAGCGCCACCAAUGAGACAUUGCAUUCUAAUGUUUUCUUGAGAGUCCCCCGUGCACACCUAAAAUGUAUAAACCUCCUUAAUUGGCAUGAUCCUCAUCCGGGAGUUUGUGUUGUCACAAAGAGAUGAAAGUAAUGCUCACUCGACCCUGAUUACUCUUGAAAGUGCAACUGAAUAGAUAUAAGCAAGAAGAUAAAGGUAAACUAACAACUCAGCGGUUUUCGACUAGUUACCGAGGUUCCCUAGCAAUGACGCCAAAAAGAUUGAUCGUCCCCGUACGGGUCAUUGUGAGUUGUUUGCACGGUCUAAAUAACUACCCCAUCCCGAGCCGAGUUUAACUCGAGAUGGCGUUGUUAUAUAGCGGUGCCCAAAGUCGUAUUCCACGGGUUUCGGUAUCCUGGCUUACUUUCCGCUUUAUUCUUAUCUAACCGAUCGAUUUUUAGGUUGGCUUUGGAGGUUUUGAUUGAAUUACUAAUAGAGGUUUAAACAGAGAUAAAGGCAGGUUGACUAACUAUGUUGGGUUUAUUGAUAUGGUGCAUGAGCUCUCUAAUCUUGUGUGCCUUCGUCGUUAUCCCACGCCUUCGAGUUCGCCCCCCCAAGACCCAUUGUCACCUCAGUCAAGGUUCACGUAUCUGGAGCAUUACAAAUUUGGCUCAUUUCAAUAGGUUCUACCUAUCGUGCACACUAAAGAUCGGAUAUGUACGCUUGCGAACCUCUAGAGCCUCGGCUAGGAAGGUGUUCUUGCAUAAGAGAUAUGAUCGCCUCGUCAACUACAAGACCCUAAAAUCAUUCAUCUUCCCUUAAUCUGCUAGUUGGCGCUACCUAGUCUAAUCCUACAACUCCGACCUAGCGAUGGCUCAGUUGCAGGCUAAUAUGGAAGAGUAGAGAGAAUUACCCAAGCAUAAUCAAAGCAUAAAUGAAGCGAUAAAAUCACU